AUGGAGGACAACCAAACCCGGUCCCAAGUCCCUGAUUGGGGAAAGCUUCGGCCAGGACCCUUCACCGAGCGCAUCAAGAAGUCCAGAGAAGACAGGGAGGUGCAGCCGUUGCGUAUACCAUUUUAUACCUGUGUGGAGGACCCUUUGACGCACCUUCACUCAUUCCAAUCGGCAGUAGGGUGCAAGGGCCUCAGCGACAAGGGGCAAUGCUUACUGUUUCCAUCAUCCCUUACCGAAGCUGCUCUGAACUGGUUCUACCGUCUCGAGCCAGGGACGGUAAACUCCUUUGACGAACUGAAGCAGAUUUUCCUCAACCACUUUAUGAUCCAAACGGACCGCCUGUACUCUGCCGAUGAUCUGUACACGAUUCGGCAAAGGGAAGACGAACCCCUACGGGAGCACGCGGCGCGCUUCAGUUACGAGUACUCGAGGUGUCCCGAAACGGACGAUAGGACAGCCUACGACGCCUUCAAGAGUGGCCUUCGAUCCUCUCAUUUCAGAUACCUCGUGCACAGUAGUAACUGGCGCACGUAUGACGAGUUGAUGAGGCAGGCGGCAGUUCAUGCGAAGGCCGAAUAUUUCAACUCCAAACCAGGGCCUACGACUCGGAAGGAGGAGUCAACGACCAAGAGUUAUCCGGGCCGAAAUAAUGACUCUUCGGCAGGGAACAAACGGAAUGACGACCAUGACGGUCGUCACGGAAACUCGAAGAAAGGGCGCGGGAAAUACGGUCGUAACGACCACCGAGCACCACUACCGAAUCGCGAUCGUGCCCAGGAAGUCUUCACCCUGCUGAAAACAACAUACGAGAUAGUUCUGAUGAACGAGCAUGACCAAAUCCCAAAGCCGACGACCCGAAAGCCCAAUCGACAGGACAAUCGGGACACUGGCAAAUUCUGCCGAUACCCCCAGCAGAACAGCCACAACACCGAAGACUGCAUUAGUCUGAGGAAGAUCGUUGAGUGCCUGAUUCGGGAAGGAUAG